AUGUCUCACAGCAGGCUGUCAUCACCAUCAGUUAUCUAUGUCUCACGGCAGGCUGUCUCGCAAAUAUUCCUUUUCCCCCAAACCAUGGGACAUCCGACUCGGGGGAGAUCCUGCAGCUCAUCAUCCAGGCAGCGCACAGCUACACAACGUUGGCUCUCCAAACCAGGAGUUCGAGAAGCUCAAAACGCCAAGGCUCGUGCUCGAGCAGCUUUAAAUAGGGCAAGGAGGAAGAAAAAAAAACUAACCGACGAUCAAACAGCACCCAUCGCAUCAUCAAUUGACGACUGCGAAGACCUGUCCCACGAAUCAAUUGACGACUGCGAAGACCUGUCCCGCGAUGUUAGUUGGGACGCCAAUGAUGAUUCAGUGCUCACGAUGGACAACGAUCUGCCCUGCCCCUGUGACUCUCAAACUCUAGAUUCCACCGAGAGAAUCUUCCAGAGGUGGCGAAAGGAGUGGUUGGUGUCAGAAGACAAAUGGGGAGAAGCAUACGAGGAAGCGCUCGCGCACGCUCGCACGGAGGGGACACAUGAGACUGAUAUUUUCCUUGAUCAAUGUGCGAUGCAUGCUUUGGAGGGGAGGACGAUCUUGGAAGCCAUACGGGGGAUUGUACACACCAGUUGCCCUUAUUGCAGGGAGCGUCUCAAGUACGACAGUGUUUUACUAUACGAUUUACUGGUUUCCGUGGUUUCGCAGGUAAAAUUCAUGGAGGUGAAACUAGAUAAUGAACAUUGUAAAUAG